UGAAAACCGCAAAACCCUCGCUUAAACCCUCACACCUUUUUCCCUCUCUGAAAUCAGACUUCAUCUUCUUCCGGCGAGAUUCCUUCCAAUAUUUCUCUUUCUCUAUCGUCGCCAUGGCUGCCUCAGAGGUUCCGACGACGUCCGUGGAUGCGAUUAGGUUUGGCUUCUUCACCGACGAAGAGGUUCGGAAGCACAGCUUUGUGAAGGUUACCAGCCCAAUUUUGUUCGAUGACUCAACACACACGCCCGUGAAUGGUGGGCUUUACGACAAGGCGAUGGGCCCACUCGGGGAUGAACGCGGCCAACUUUGCCAAACAUGUGGUCAGACAGCAUAUACGUGCUCAGGUCAUUGUGGUCAUAUUGACCUUGUUUUGCCAGCUUAUAAUCCCUUGCUGUUCAACAUUCUCCACAAACUUCUACAAAGAACCUGUUUCUUCUGCUACCAUUUCCGGACAAGCCGACAACAUGUUGAGAAACAUGUUUCCCAAUUGAAACUCAUAAUGAAAGGUGAUGUUCUUGGGGCUAAAAGGUUAGAGUCUGACUCACCUAGUGAAUACUCAGACUGCAAUGGGAGUGGUAAUCACAUAGACAAUGAUUCGAAGCAGCAAGGAUGGACUUCUCUUCAGUUUACAGAGAUAAUGUCUGUUUUGGAUAAGGCUUUGCCAACACAUGGGAAUUGCAAGGCUAAAAAUCCCAAAAUCAGUAAACCUACUUUUGGAUGGUUCCAAAUGAGUGGCAAGGACCAUGCGAGAGAAAAUGUCCUCAGAGGGUGCAACCUGGAGGGACCCUUGACUGGUCAAGAUGAAGAGGCAUCUAUGCUUGAGGAUGAGAAUUUUAACAGUGUUGCUACAAGAAUGCAAAAAGGACAAGGGAGCAAAGUGCUCAGUGAGUUCUUUAAGCAGAAAAAUUCCUUGUCGGGAGAUCUAUUUCCAACAGAGGUUAAAGAAAUUAUUAGGCUUCUGUGGGAAAAUGAAUCUCAACUCUGCUCUUUUAUUAGUGAUAUCCAGUGCCAAGAAACUGGAACAAAUGGAGGUCACUCUAUGUUUUUCUUGGAGACUGUUCUUGUACCACCAAUCAAAUUCCGUCCUCCAUCCAAGGGUGGUGAUUCUGUGAUGGAGCAUCCUCAAACCGUCUUAUUAAGUAAGGUGCUGGAGGCAAAUGUCUCUUUGAGCCAAACUCUUACCAACUUAGAGCACUCAAGGACAAUUCGACGGUGGAGGGAUCUUCAAGAGAGUAUAAAUGUGAUGUUCAAUAGCAAAACUGCUGCUGGUCAAGGUCAAAGAGAUGCGGCUCCCGGAAUAUGUCAGUUGCUUGAGAAGAAGGAAGGCCUGUUCCGGCAGAAAAUGAUGGGCAAAAGGGUAAAUUUUGCGUGCCGGUCUGUCAUAUCUCCGGAUCCCUACUUAGCUGUUAAUGAGAUUGGGAUUCCUCCAUACUUUGCAACGAGAUUAACAUAUCCUGAGAGAGUUACUCCGUGGAAUGUUGACAAGCUGAGGAAUGCUAUUGUCAACGGUUCUGAAAUCCAUCCUGGAGCUACACAAUAUGUUGAUAAAUCUGGUCCCAAGAUUUUGAGGCAAAACAGGAGAGAACGCAUUUCAAUAUCAAGAAAAUUACCUUCUUCAAAAGGGGCUGUCAUGCAACAUGGGAAGGGCUCUGAUAAUGACAUUGAAAGUAAAAUAGUGCAUCGUCACUUGCGAGAUGGGGACAUUGUGCUUGUCAAUCGACAGCCUACACUUCACAAACCCAGUAUAAUGGCGCAUGUAGUUCGUGUAUUGAAGGGGGAGAAAACAAUUCGCAUGCACUAUGCUAAUUGCAGUACUUACAAUGCUGAUUUUGAUGGUGAUGAGAUGAAUGUUCAUUUUCCGCAAGAUGAAAUUUCCCGUUCGGAAGCUUACAAUAUCGUAAAUGCAAAUAAUCAGUACGUAAAGCCGACCAGUGGAGAUCCCAUUAGAGCCUUGAUUCAGGAUCAUGUUAUAAGUGCUGUCCUCCUUACAAAGAAGGAUACAUUUUUACGUUGGGAUCAAUUUAAUCAGCUUCUUUACAGUUCUUGUGUUUCAGCCCGUGUGUCAGAUGCUUUCUCUGGCAAACCAGAUAAAAAAGUUUUCAUGUUUAACUCUGAAGGCACAAUGCAGCCCCUUCUUCCUGCAAUUUGGAAACCAGAGCCGCUUUGGACAGGAAAGCAGGUCAUCACUGCCUUGCUAAAUCAUAUUACUAGAGGUUCUCCGCCAGUUACUGUUGAAAGAGAUGCAAAAAUCCCACGUGGUUUUUUUAAUUGUAAAAAUGUUGAAGGAGAAGAUAAAUCUGGUAAAGAUGGACAGCAAAAAAAGAGGAAACCAAGCAAAGAACAAGCAACUGAUAAAGAUAGCUCAAAGGAAAAAGAGGAGCCUGAUGAGAACCAUUUAUUAAUAUAUAGAAACAACUUAGUGCGCGGCGUGAUUGACAAGGCUCAGUUUGGUGAUUAUGGUUUGGUCCAUACAGUUCAGGAGUUCUAUGGCUCAGAUACUGCAGGAAAAUUGCUUUCUGUAUUGAGUCAUUUAUUUACCGUGUAUUUGCAGAUGCAUGGGUUCACGUGUGGGAUUGAUGAUCUUUUGCUAUUGGAAAGCAAAGACGCAAAAAUGAAGGAUCAACUAGAAAGUUGUGAAGAUGUGGGUGAAAAUGUUUACCGUGAUUUUAUCGAGGUCAAAGAUGUUAAGAGAAAAGAUCCAGUGGAACUGCAAUUAAACAUCGAAAAUUUUAUUCGGAGUAAUGGAGAAUCUGCCUUGGCAUCCUUGGAUAGGAGAAUGAUUAGUCAGCUUAAUAACAAGACCUCCAACUCUGAUGUGUUCAAACAAUUAUUGUUGAGGGGGUUAUCAAAACCAUCAGUUAAAAAUUGUAUCUAUCUUAUGACAACAUCUGGGGCUAAAGGUAGUGUGGCUAAUCUCCAACAAAUAACUUCAUAUUUGGGUCAGCAAGAGCUAGAAGGCAAACGGGUCCCUCAAAUGAUUUCUGGAAAGACCUUACCGUGCUUUCCCCCAUGGGAUUGGUCAUCUCGAGCAGGAGGCUUUAUCAUUGAUCGUUUUCUUACUGGUCUUCAUCCUCAGGAGUACUAUUUCCAUUGCAUGGCUGGCCGUGAAGGGUUGGUUGAUACAGCUGUCAAAACAUCUCGUAGUGGAUACUUGCAAAGAUGCAUAAUAAAAAAUCUUGAGUGCCUAAAAGUUUCUUAUGACAAUACCGUCCGUGAUGCUGAUGGUUCCAUUAUUCAAUUUCGUUAUGGAGAAGAUGGCAUUGAUGUCCAUAUGACGAGCUUUAUUCAAAAGUUUGAAUCCCUUAUAGCUAAUAAAGAAAUGUUUCACAAGAAAGGUCGUCGUCAAAUGGAUAAAUUAAAUCCUUAUAUUAAAGACUUGCCUUUGGCUCUCAAAGAAAAAGCAGAGAAGUUUGUGCAUAAUUUGGCCUUGAAAGAGAAAGAUCAUAACUUCCAAGAGGAUUUCUUGAAGUUAAUGGAGCACAAAUACCUCUGUAGUCUUGCUCAACCUGGAGAACCAGUUGGUGUUCUUGCCGGUCAGUCUGUAGGAGAACCGUCAACACAGAUGACACUGAAUACUUUCCAUCUUGCGGGACGAGGUGAAAUGAAUGUGACCCUUGGAAUCCCACGCCUCCAAGAGAUCUUGAUGACUGCUGCAAAUGAUAUUAAGACGCCGGUUAUGACAUGCCCAUUGCAAAAGGGGAGAUCGAAGGAGGAAGCUCAGGAGCUAGCUGAUAAGUUGAAGAAGAUCACUGUGGCAGACAUAAUCGAGAGUAUGAAAGUAACCUUUGUGCCAUUUUUCAUUCAGGAUGGUCAAACUUGCCGUAUUUAUAAGCUUGAGAUGACACUCCACAUACCAGAACAUCUUCGAACCAUCAUUGAAUAUUCAUCAGAAGAUUGGGAGGAAAUCCUAGAGAUUGUGUUUGUUAGGGAGUUGGAAGACGCCAUACAAAAUCAUAUUCUUUUGCUUUCUAAAAUUAGUGGUAUUAAAAAUUUCACGCCUGAUUCACAACCAAAGGCAUCAAAUGAGACAGAUGAAAAUCUUUCUGAAAAAAGAUCUCAACGUGAGGAAGAAGAUGAUGACAAUGGUGGUGCAGAUGAUGGUGAACAUGGUGAAGGGGUCGAGGAUUUUGGUCUGGAUGCCCAUAAGCGAAAGCUACAAGCUACAGAUGAGAUGGAUUAUGAAGAUGGCUGUGAUGAUGAAGUGAGAGAAGCAGACUUGUCAGAUGGAGAUGAAAGUGAAAUUGAUGAGGAGGAAAAUGAAGUUGAAAUUGGUAAGGAUGGUGAAAUUGGGGUUAUCGAUGCUAGUGAUGAAAUGCCUGGAAGUCCUUUAGAAGAAGCUGGGGACCUAGCUAAGCCCAAGUCGAAGGAGAAAAAGACCAAAUCAGGAUCCCAAAUUAGAAAGAAAAGGAAGGUCCGAGCAGAGAUGGUAAAAAAGGAGACUGACAGGGCAAUUUUUGUGUCAGCAAAGGGGUUCCACUUCGAGGUCCAUUUUAGAUUUACCGACAAUGAACCUCAUAUUUUGCUGUCUCAGAUUGCUCAGAAGACAGCCCAGAAGGUUUAUAUUCAGAGAUCUGGAAAGGUUGCUGACUGUAAACAAAUUACUUGCGAUGAAAAUCAAGUCCUCUGCUUUGGGAAGGAUCCUGAAAAUAAACAAAGUUUUUCAUCCAAGGAAAAAAAGGAGAUGCCAGCUCUGCAAACUACUGGAAUUGAUUUCGGUACAUUUUGGCAACUGCAAGAUAUUCUUGAUGUCAGGUAUAUUUAUUCCAAUAACAUACAUGCUAUGCUGAACACUUACGGAGUAGAAGCCGCCAGGGAAACUAUCAUCCGAGAAAUAAAUAAUGUUUUCAAGUCUUACGGAAUAUCCGUCAACAUUAGGCAUCUUACACUAAUAGCUGACUUUAUGACUCAUGCUGGUGGUUAUCGUCCAUUGAAUCGAUUCGGAGGCAUUGUAGAGUCGAUAUCUCCGUUUAAUAAAAUGACUUUUGAGACAGCUUCCAAGUUCAUUGUUGAAGCAGCAUAUCAUGGGCAGGUGGAUCGCUUGGAAACCCCAUCCGCUAGGAUCUGUCUUGGAUUGCCAGUAAAUGUGGGUACUGGAUGUUUUGAUUUGAUGCACAAGAUGGAGGUUGAAUGCACACAGAGAUAGAUAUAUAUAUAUAUAUAUAUAUGUAUGAGAUUUUUACAUAUUUUUGGCCAAUUGCAGCCCUGUAUUUGUAUUUCACUUACAUGAGUUCUUUUUUCUUUUUUCGUUAAGCAUGUAACGUCCAAGGUCUGUUUUAAUAACGC